AUGGAUCCUUUGUCGGUUUUGCGUGAAUACACCAUGCGAAACGAGCUGGAUAGGGUUACCAUCGUCGGCGACGACUGUUGUUUCGGCAAUGAGUACCGCUUCCCGCGCGCCGUCGAAACGGCGUACCGGCGGCGCGGCGGUGACCGUUACAACCUGGAGUCGCUGCUGCUGUUCGUACAGUGCAAGGCGGUGAAGCACACGGAAUACAUGCAACGAGCGCGCGCGCAAACCCUGCAGAUCGUCACUUUCACGGAUCGCAAGCCGCUCCUGGUGUGCCCGCCUCGUCCUUCCCUUCUCUCCCUCGCGGUUUCCACGCAUCUCGAAUUCUCACAUUUCCUGCCUACUACCGCUGGGAUUCGUCCGAUAAAGGAUCGUUCGACCGCCUGUCUCCGGCUGAGCUCCACAUUUCCCCUCACCCCCACCCUCCACCUCCCUCCACUCCCCCUCUCUGCCCUCCCCCUUUCCCCCUCCCCCCUCCUCUCCCCCGUUCCAGGAGUUUCUGGAUUUGAGUCGACUCAAGAGUUUUCCCCUUUCCCCCUCUCUGCCCUCCCCCUUUCCCGCUUCCCCCCUUCUCCGCCGUGCCAGGAGUAUCUGGAAGGCCAUCUGCAGACGACGGACGCCAUCGAUCUCAUCGCGCCUAUCGGCCUUCCCCCCUCCGCUCCGCCUUCCGCCGCGCCCCCCGCGUCCAUCCCCUCUUCCGGCGCCGCCACGCCUUCAGCUCCUGGCGCCUUAGGGCAAGGCGCGCAUGGCUUCACAUCAGCAGCGGUAGACGGUGCCACGGGGCCAGGAGGUUUGGGAGCAGCCGAGGCUGGGGAUCAGGCUCGGAAGAGGAGCAGAUGGGAUACGGACAAAAGGGCCAGUGGGGCUGGAGGAGAGGCGGGAGCAGCAGGAGCAGACGGCGGGGGAGCGGGGGGAUAUGACGUGUACGGCAAGAGGCAGAGGGGAGAAGGAUCGCAGGCAGGCCUAGGCACGGGAAGAGGCAUGGCCUAUCACUCAGAAGCUGUCCCUGGGAUGGCCGCUGCAGGAGUGACUGUAGGAGGGGUGGGUCUGGGAGGCGGGGGGAUGAGCGAGGAGGAGGAGAGGGAGGCGAUCAGAGAGCUGAUCAAGCGAGAGAGGCCGGUGAGGGACCGGGAGACGGUGCUGCUGUGCCCUCGCAAGAAGGACGCGUUUGCGUCGGUGCUGGCCAUGCUGAACCGGCGCGAGCACGAGCGCAAGAAGCUGGACGUGGCGCACCGGGAGGCCUCCAAACGCGGCCACCCGCCUGCCCCCUCCUCCUCCGCGCGCCCAUCCAGAGACGCUCGGGGAGGAGGCGCGGGCGCGAAUGGUGGUGCAGGGGGUGGAGGGGGAGGGGGAGGGGGGCGGCAGGACGAGAGGCAGGUGUGGCGGGACUACAUGGGGACAGAUGCACUGGAGGAGCUGGGGAUCAACCCCACCCAGUCCUCGUACGUGCAGCCCGGCAGAGGGGGGGGCAGUGGUGCUGCUGGUAGUGGUGCUGCUGCUGCUGGUGGCAGUGGGUCAGGUGCUCUAGUUGUCGCCCCCCAGGGGAAACCAGAGGGCCAGCACGGCCGAUCUCAGCCGUCCAACCUGCCUCCAUCCUCCCGCCACGCGCGGCCUCAAGGCAACCCGGCCCACCAAUCCCAACACAGACAGCACAGCAGCUCUGGCAGCAGCGGUAUUGGCAGCGCAGCAGCAGCGGCAGGAGGGAGCCUGGUGCCGAUAAUUUUGGUGCCCAGCGCAGCACAGACGCUGAUAAACAUCUUCAACGUGAAGGAGUUCCUAGAGGACGGUGCGUACGUGCCUGCAGAGGAGAAGGCGAAAGCGGCGGGGGGGAAGCGGGCAGAGAUGGUGGCGGUGCAGCGGCGGAUGGGACGGGACAAGGCGGUGGUAUACCACGACUGGGACCGGGUGGCAGCGGUGUUUGUGUUGGGCAAGGAGUGGCAGUUCAAGGGGUGGCCCUUCAAGGACCACGUCGACAUCCUCUCCAAAGUGAUGGGGGUGUUUGUGCGCUUUGAGGAUGACAGUGUGGAGUCAGCAGCAACAGUGAAGAAUUGGAACUGCAGCAUCCUCGCUAUAAGCAAGUACAAGAGGCAUCAGGACCGCACGGCAGCGCUCACCUUCUGGGACAGGCUUGACAAGUUCCUGGCUGCCCGCAACUCCGUCCUCACCUACUAG